CAUGAACUGUCUGAGUUAUGCUUUAUUUUUCGGCAUACUAAUUUCGUGUUUGGAGUUUGUGUAUGCGGGAGAACAUCUAUGCUACAGGAGAAGGCUUUAUAAAAGAACCACAUACACAUGGGGAGGGUUUUAUGGUUGGCGAAGAAUCAAAAAGACUGUUUACUUCUACAAAACCGAGAGCUAUUGCUGUCCAGGCUGGAAGAGGAACAGCUAUGGAUCCUGUACAAUACCAAUAUGCACGGUACCUUGCUAUAACGGAGGGACCUGUAUUGCUCCAGACAAAUGUCGAUGUCUUCCUUCCCACGAUGAUGGAAAAAAUUGCAGAGAUGUCCAAUGCUCACACCUACACCCGUGUUUCCCUGGGGUCUGCACGUCGCCAUACAGUUGUUAUUGUAUAAGUGGAUGGCAGGGAUCAAGCUGCCUUACUUUAUCGAGCGGAGACCACAUGCCAAAUUUGCUUUCAUGCGAUGUAACUUUGAAAGAUGACAGAAGAACAGAUCUGAAGAACCUCUUCUACAUGUAUGUGCCGUGUGCUACAACCGAUGCACCGAUUUGGAGUAACCAGGAGAACUUCAACUAUGUUGAUUUCAAACUUCAAGCCAUGUAUGAACCGAUGUAUACAUCUUUUCGCUCGGAAAGGUACGUUUCCAGAUCAGGUUUUGGAAUCGUGUCAAGCAACGCCCGUAUCGUUCAUAGGAAAGUCAACAAAGACCAAAGCGGAAACCCUUUCACCGCGUUCGAUCGCACGUUCAGCUGCCCUCAAGUCUCAAACACAAAUCCAUUGAUAAAUUUGAACUGUACCCUGAUACACCGAGACUACAUAUACAGUAUUGAACAUGGAGACAACUUUACCGUGACGUUCAACGUUAAGAGUGGUGGGUUUCGGCAAUUGUUGGACAUAAAUACAUAUCGAUAUUACACUACCAAUGCUUAUUAUGGCCCCACAGUGUCGAAAACAGUAGAGUUUAAAUUUGACUUUGUGGCUCCGAAGCAUUGUUCCGAGCAAGAAUCUGGAAGAACUUGUAUAAAAGGACAAGAACCAAUCGCACUCUAUGAAGAUCUGACAAAGAAACCUAUAAUACCACGGUGGUCGGGAUGGUAUGACGAUCAUUCUGGACUCCUUGAAUACAGACUUGAGGCAUAUCACCUUGAGCCAAACAUUCAUGGCGAGCUCAUUGAACUGCAUCCACUGUCUCCAGUUUUCACGUACACUGAAAACAAUACAGACAACGUAACAUUUCCGACCUUCACCCCUAAGAAUUCGGGGAUGUUUUCGAUCUUACUGACAGCCGCCGAUAUGGCCAACAAUACAAAAGUUGCAAGACGCCUUGUAUUGUUUGACAAUUCGUCUGAAAUAACACUUACUAAGCCUGGUCUUUCUGCAAAAAUGCCAGACUCUGAAGAUAUUGAAAAUAUGGUUUUCGGCGACGGGGGGUUAUAUAUUGUCAGUGCUAUAAAGGAGACUGGAUUCAUGUGGCAGACAUCGGACAAUGGGUCACAAUCACGGAUUGAAAUCAAUUGGAACAAUCACUUUGUAAAUAAACUAUAUGACAAAGGAAAAUUGCUAAAUAAAGUAUUACCUUAUCCAACACAAUUUCUAGACUUGGAAGAUGAUGGAAUUCUGAGGAGCAAAAAGUAUGUUGCACUCGAUGACAAUGAGGGCGAAAGAACAUUGAAAGCGAUUCCCAACAAACAUGGAAUUGUAAAAUUUGAGCUAAAUCGUGUAUAUACUGAUGAUAAACAGAUUCCAGUGUCGAAAUGGGAGCAAAUACCAUUGGAGGAGAGUUAUGUAAUCUUGGAGCAUCUUGACGAUGGGAGUCAUGUUAGGAUUUGGCUGCGCGCAACUGAUGUCAUGAACAAUACAGCUGUUGAUUACACUGAGGUUCAUGUUGACAACACACCACCCAGAUUCUCUGACCAGCGUCUUGAGACAAACGUUAUAAAUGGGACAUAUACGUACACAUCGAGAGUCACAUUUCAAGCGUCGGACGAUGGUAGUGGUGUCCAUAAGUUGCAAUUGACGCUUUAUGUUGGAAACAGUACUACACCGAAGAAAAUACACUCGGUCCCAGCAAAUAGAAACGACUCUUCAGGAAUCUGUGACAUAGACCCAUCAUGCAACUGUGUUCUGGAUGUAUGUUACCGCAUCCAACAAAUGAUUGACUGGGAUAACUGUUGGUUUCUCGUCCCCAAAGAAGAUCUCAAUAAAUCGGGCACAUUACAAAUAACGACGUUCAACCAGGCCUUACUUACAAGAACGUUCAACAUGACGAUUGCACACCUGAAUAGAUUAAAUGGCCUUGAAGAGUACUCCGGACCAACAAACAUACGAAUUGAUGAGAGAUUGCCAAAUGGAGCCCGCCUGACUUGGGAUAUACCAGAUACACCUUCAUGCUUCGGGAAGGUUGAGAUAGUGUUAGUCGUCUUCCUUGGCAACGGACAAACCAGAACGAUACAGGUUAACAGCGAGCAGACUUCAGUUGACAUCGUGGGAUUGGAUCCAGACGAAGAGUACAGAGUGUCGCUGCAAGUUGGAUACGAUGGGACCGACCUGGCCGCUCUGCCAUACACCUUUAAAACUGCGGAGAAAGAAAACUACUUGGGAGGGGGCGCAAUUGCCGGCAUUGUUUUCAGUAUACUGAUUAUAGUCGGACUGUUUGGUGCAGUUUUUGUGGUCAUGUUACGAAGGGGUUAUAUGCAGCCGGUACGACGAGGACUUCACGCGAUGUCGGUCAGGUAUAGGGGAGCAACGGCCGGCAAUGUCUAUUCCGGUAAAAGUGCUCGGUCUUAUUCAAACUCUAUGUACAUCUACGGGGAUAAGGACUUCUCGGACCUUGACUCCUGGCAACUCGCUCGAGAUGACGUCAGCUUGCAAAGUAUUAUGAAGUCAGGGUCAUUUGCUGACAUAUACACGGCUACCAUUGCGAGCAAUAACAACACUGUGGUAGCAAAGGUUCUCAAACAGGGAUUUACCAAGCAAGACGAACAUCUCAUGAAAGCCAAAAUCAAUUUCUAUUCUACUGUUGUUGGCAAGCAUGAAAAUGUAAUCAAGUUUAUCGGAGCGGUUGUUGACGACACUAUUAUGGGACCGUUCAUGGUAUUUGAGUAUUGUGCCAACGGGCAGCUGAGUGACUAUCUUCAGACACUGAAGUCAAACUUGACCUUGGAUACACAAGAAAUACUUUCCAGAUUUGGCCUUGGUGUAGCCCGUGGCAUGGAUUACUUGGCAGGAAAAGAGGUUCUCCAUCGGCGACUGGCAGCACGGAAUAUUCUACUGGACGGCGAUCUUGAAGUUAAGAUCUCUGGUUUUGGACCCAUGGAUGUGGACGAAGACAAAGGGAAACGAGAGCGCAUUCCAAUCAAGUGGAUGGCCCCCGAAUGUUUGAAGACAACAAAGGACGCGACAGAGAAAAACGAUGUCUGGUCAUUCGCCGUGGUACUAUGGGAAAUAUUUACUCUCGGUGAUGCACCCUACGAAAAUGUUCGAGGAAAGGACAUCCCAGGAAAGCUGAAAUCUGGCUAUAGGCUUCCUCAACCAGAACAGUGCGAUAACAAGUGGUACGAGGUAAUGACUCAAUGCUGGCAAGCCAACCCAGAGCAACGCCCGACAUUCAAAACCAUCAGAGGAGAACUGGACGAAAUGUUUGUGGCCGCCCCUCAAGACGAUUACUACAUCUAUAGAAAAUAGUGUUUGACGAUCUGAACGUGGAACAGAGAGUUUAUAUUGGACAAAUAUGUGGGGUUGAACAUUGUUAUUAUAGUACACAUUCAAUACUUUGUCUAUUACAAGCGCCAUGGUUUUAUAUGCAAAAAAAAUGUCAUGUUAGGGUAUUCAAGUCAACGAUGAAAACAAAAUUUAAUCAAGAAGUAUGAUAAUGAAACAACUUAUAACGCUCUGUAAAACGUCAUUUGUUAUAUAAUCUCAAAAUUAAAAUUGUCUGUCUAUGAGGCACAAUGCAUUGUCAAAAAUAAAAAUGACAAUUUUUCCAUAGCAGGACACAGCUUUGCUGAUAACGUCCCAUGUAAUUAAUUCCUUUCUGAUGUUGACAAGCAACUACAAACAGUUAUAAGUGACCAUAAAAAUAUCAAAUGGAUUGUAUAUAUGUUAUAUUACUUUCAAAAUCAUGUUGCGAUGUACAUUGGAAUUAUAGUAGACAUGUAAUGCUUCGUAUACCAAUUCAUAUUUUAUGAUUGUUUCACAUUUAAGUUAACAAAUAGAGUUAAUGCAGUUUAAAAAAAUGCAACUAAAAGCAUUAAUAAUUGACCAUACAAAUAUUGACUAUAUUGUAUAUUUCUUAUAUAGUAUUUUCAUAUUUAUCUUGCAGUACACUUUGGAAUUAUAGUGGACAUGUAAUGCUUCGUAUUCAAUGCAAAUAUUAUCCUUGUUUCAUAUCUGAGAAGAUUAUUAUCAUUUGUGAAGUUGACGGAAAAUUACAGACAGUAAUAUUUUGACAAUACACAUAUUGAACAUAUAUUGUUAGUAUUAAAAACAACUGGUAGCUUGCAUAGGAAUUAUUGCAGACAUGUAAUGCUUCGUAUAUUAAUUAUUAUAUUAUCAUUGUUUUAUAAUUGAGAGAAUGAAUAUCAUUUAUGAAGUUGACGGGCAAUUGCAGCAGACAUGUAUUGCUUUGUAUAUCAAUAUUUUAUACAUGUAUUAUGAUUGUUUCAUAUAUGAGAAGAUGAGUUUCAUUUACGAAGUUGACGGAAAAUUACCGACAAUAUUAUUUUGACAAUACAAAUAAUGAAUAUAUAUAUUGGUUGUAACCGAAAAUAGAUUUAAAUACAUCUGGUAGCUUUCAUAGGAAUUAUAGCAGACAUGAAAUGUAUAUCAAUUCUUAAAUUAUCAUUGUUUUAUAUUUGAGAGAAUGAAUAUCAUUUAUAAAUUUGACGAGCUGUUACAGACGGUAAGAUUUAGACAAUACAAAUAUUGAAUACAUAUUUAUCGUAACCGAUAGGAUUGAUUCUUAUUUUUGUGCGUUCAUGCAGUAUGAACCUACGGCCACGAUUUUGCAUAUUAUAUUUACAUUUUUUCUUAUUAUUUGUUUAUUUUUCCGCUCUUGUAGUGUUUGAGAACAAGUCUUUAAUUACAACAAAGGGAAACAAAACGUGUAGACCGAGUGUAAAAGGUAAGAGCACUUGUCGCCCUUGGUGUUUUAAAUCUUCCGCAUAAUAAAUAGUCCAUAAUUAAGUAAUUUGCAGAAAAAAAAAUAGUCAAUGAUUUGUUUUAAUCAUUUGGUAGUUUCUGUAACAUAUGUGGAGGUAAUGAUGAUUUUUGUUGUAAUAUGUUCAUUUUAAUCAUGAGAAAUUUCGAUACAUUUUAACUCCUAUUUUACAUAUGCAUAACCAAUAUGAGUGGGCAUGAAAAAUAUGGUCAUGGUGAUUUAAUGGAUACCUUCCUGUUCAAGGUAAUUAUAACGUCAUAAUUUCAUUUUUUGUUGUCUUUUAAUUUUUGCAAAGAUAUUGAAGUGUUGUGAUGUGCAUGUCUUCUCGAAUUGUCCGUAUUAAGACGUUUGUUCGAACUCGCGAAAAUAUUUAAAUGUAGACGAAGAUAUCGCCUAAUUCUAUCGUAUGGCGAUAUUGAUUGUCUGAAUCCGAUAAUGGAUCAUACAUUUGGCGAAAGAAAACGCCGAACUUAAAAUCAUCAGCCAUGUUUGUUUUGACAGUUGUUGCAGACGAACCAUAGUAAAAUCCGCGUCAAUUUUAAUUUAAUUAAAAAAAUUUUUUUAAAUCGUGUUCUUUUGUUAUCAAAUGCAAAAUCAAGCACAUUAUAUUUCUAUACAUCUGAAGAAGCAUGUAAACAAGCCGGUAUUCAACAGAACAUGUGCCCUUCUAUAAUUAGCAAUAAAGUAGAUCGUAAUAAGAUCACUACGCGCGGUAAUUCAGCAGAGCCCAAUCAGGUAUUCAAAAUGAACAGAAAAUUAAGUACGGAUGUAAAUUCAAAGUUAUAAUUGACCAUAUAAACAUUGAACAGAUUGUAUAUUUGUUAUAUAGUAUUUUAAAAUUUAUCUUUCGGUACAUUUUGGAAUUUUAGUAGACAUGUUAUGCUUCGAAUAAUGCUUCGAAUAUCAUUUCAAUUUUUAUCAUUGUUUUAUAUUUGAGUCAAUGGAAAUCAUUUACGAAGUUGACGGGCAAUUACAGACACUUUGACAAUACAUAUAUUAAAUGUAUGUUGAAAAUCUUCUAAUUUAUGUCAAACUUUAAAUUGUAGUCUCAUUUUCAACACAUGACCGAACUAUAUAUUUCCGUAUCGGGUUGCACGCGCGUACACAAAUAUCCUGUAUUUUCCCGUAUUAUACGAAUAUCUGGUCCCAUGUCAAACAUAUGUUAAAGACCGAAACGCGUAAGAAGGAUCCCAAAUAAAUUUGGGAUCGACAGACGCUCUAAAGUUCGAGUGACAUAAAUCCUCUUUAAUCAUGAUCAAGUAUCGUUUGUUUACAAACAAAACGUCAACAUGUUGUCAAAACCUGAUACCAACGCCUUUAUGAUUUUGAUAUUUGGCAUAAUGAAGGUAUAUAAUAACGAAGUAGUUUAUUAUUGGUUUGUCCUAUAGAGCAUAUAUUUGGACUCGUAUAGGGCAUAUAGCCCGUCAAAUAUGGUUUCCCAGCUGUGUACUCUUCUAAAUAUAUCUCCAUAUGUUCCAGAACAAUAUUAAAUAACCUAUAAAUAUUUAACAGUAUGUUCAUAUUUCUGUGACUGCAUGCAUUGUUAUUAUUAUAUUAAACUGCAUUU